UCGACCAAUCCGUACAGCAAAUGGCCAGAGAGGAACGAUAGUGCCACGAGAUACUUUCCCGACUAUGAAACCCACAUGGAAGAGGAAGAAGAUUCAUCAAAAUUACGAUAAAAUCUUAAUUUCAGAAGCAUUAUGACCUUUCCACAUGUAGUGUCCAGUGCGAUAAUAAACUGGAAUCACGUAUAAGAUGAACACGUUGGGUUGGAAGAUUAAAGUUGAAAGCAAUUGAGAGGGCCGUUUUGUUAAGCGGAGUAAAAUGAAGGCUGGGAGUGCUGCGAAGCUGAUUGUUGAUGCGUUGCUGCAGCGGUUUCUUCCGCUUGCCCGGCGUCGCAUCGAAACUGCUCAAGCUCAAGAUGGACAAUACCUCCGGCCAUCAGACCCAGCUUAUGAGCAAGUAUUGGAUUCUUUGGCUAUGGUUGCACGACAUACACCUGUGCCUCUUUUGGAAGCCCUUUUGCGCUGGAGAGAAAGUGAAUCUCCCAAAGGAGCAAAUGAUGCAUCAACAUUUCAGAGAAAGCUAGCUGUGGAGUGCAUCUUUUGCUCAGCAUGCAUCCGCUUCGUGGAGUGUUGCCCACAAGAGGGACUUACAGAGAAGCUCUGGAUUGGACUUGAAAAUUUUGUUUUCGACUGGCUAAUCAACGCAGACAGGGUUGUUAGCCAGGUUGAGUAUCCUUCUUUGGUGGAUCUGAGGGGCCUUCUUUUGGAUCUCGUUGCGCAGCUCCUUGGUGCUUUGUCUCGGAUCAGAUUUAGUUCUGUGACUGAGCGCUUUUUCAUGGAACUGAAUACUCGUCGGAUAGAUACCAGUGUUGCUCGAAGUGAAACACUUUGUAUUAUCAAUGGGAUGCGCUACCUUAAGCUUGGGGUUAAAACGGAGGGUGGAUUGAAUGCAUCAGCUUCCUUUGUUGCAAAGGCUAAUCCUCUUAAUCGUGCACCCCAUAAACGAAAAAGUGAACUUCACCAUGCCUUGUGCAAUAUGCUUUCGAACAUAUUAGCACCACUUGCAGAUGGAGGAAAAGGUCAAUGGCCUCCUUCAGGUGUGGAACCUGCUCUUACUCUUUGGUAUGAAGCUGUUGCACGCAUUAGGCAGCACCUCAUGUAUUGGAUGGAUAAACAGAGCAAGCAUAUAUCUGUUGGUUACCCUUUGGUGACACUUCUUCUUUGUCUCGGCGAUCCUAGUGUUUUCCUCAACAACUUUGGUACCCACAUGGAACAACUAUACAAACAUCUUAAGGAUAAGAACCAUCGCUUCAUGGCCCUAGAUUGUCUGCAUCGAGUUUUGAGGUUUUACUUGAGUGUUCAUGGAGAUUCUCAACCUCCAAAUCGUGUGUGGGACUAUCUGGACAGUGUAACUUCACAGCUUUUGACUAGUAUCAGGAAAGGAAUGCUUACACAGGAUAUCCAACAUGAUAAACUUGUAGAAUUUUGUGUCACCAUUGCGGAGCAUAACCUUGAUUUUGCUAUGAACCAUAUGAUAUUGGAAUUACUGAAGCAAGAUAAUUUAAGUGAAGCAAAGGUUAUUGGACUUCGUGCUUUGCUUGCCAUUGUCAUGUCCCCUACAAGCCAGCAUGUUGGUUUGGAAAUUCUUCAUGUUCAGGGCGUUGGGCAUUAUGUUCCAAAAGUGAAGGCUGCAAUUGAAUCUAUUCUGAGAUCCUGCCAUAGAGCAUAUAGUCAAGCCCUUUUAACUUGUUCAAGGACUGCAAUCGAUUCUGUAACUAAGGAGAAAUCUCAGGGAUAUCUAUUCCGAUCAGUUCUUAAGUGCAUACCAUAUCUGAUUGAAGAAGUAGGCCGAAGUGAUAAAAUUACUGAAAUAAUUCCUCAACAUGGCAUCAGUAUUGAUCCUGGAGUUCGAGAAGAAGCUGUACAAGUACUCAAUCGCAUUGUGAGGUAUCUUCCCCAUCGCCGUUUUGCAGUAAUGAGAGGGAUGGCAAAUUUUAUUUUGCGUCUCCCGGAUGAGUUCCCUCUUCUUAUUCAAACAUCACUAGGGCGCCUUCUGGAACUCAUGCGGUUCUGGAGAGCUUGUCUGGCUGAUGAUAAGUUUGAAUCUGAUACCAUGGAUGUCAAACGUCUCCAGAGAAAUGAAGGACUCAAAAAGUCUUCUUUCCAUCAACCUCAAGAAGCAAUUGAAUUUCGUGCUUCAGAGAUAGAUGCAGUUGGUCUUAUAUUCUUAAGUUCUGUUGAUAGCCAGAUCAGGCACACGGCAUUGGAGUUGCUUCGUUGUGUUAGAGCUUUACGAAAUGAUAUACGAGAGCUUUCAGUAGUUGAGCGAUCAGAUCAUUUGUUGAGAAAGGAUGCUGAGCCAAUAUUUUUAAUUGAUGUUUUAGAAGAAAAUGGGGAUGAUAUUGUGCAGAGCUGUUACUGGGAUUCUGGACGGCCUUUUGAUUUGAGACGAGAAUCUGAUGCUGUACCUCCUGAUGUCACUCUCCAGUCCAUACUAUUUGAGAGCCCUGACAAGAACAGAUGGGCUCAUUGCCUGAGCGAGCUUGUGAAGUAUGCUGCUGAGCUUUGUCCAAGUUCUGUUCAGGAAGCUAAGUUAGAAGUCAUUCAGCGCCUUGCUCACGUUACGCCUGCUGAAUUGGGUGGAAAAGCCCAUCCAUCUCAGGAUACAGAUAACAAACUAGAUCAGUGGCUGAUGUAUGCAAUGUUUGCGUGCUCAUGUCCGCCGGAUAGCAGGGAAGGUGGCGGUUCAGCAGCAACAAAAGAAUUAUUUCACCUCAUUUUUCCUUCCUUGAAGGCUGGUUCGGAAGCACAUGUACAUGCAGCUACCAUGGCUCUUGGCCACUCACAUCUGGAAAUAUGUGAAGUCAUGUUUAGUGAACUUGCAUCUUUCAUCGAUGAAGUUUCUCUUGAAACUGAAGGAAAACCAAAGUGGAAGAGUCAAAAGUCUCGUCGUGAGGAACUUCGCAUCCACAUUGCCAAUAUUUACCGUUCACUUUCUGAGAAUAUCUGGCCUGGCAUGCUAAGCCGGAAACCAGUUUUUCGCCUUCAUUACUUGAAGUUCAUUGAAGAAACUACCAAACAUAUAUUAACAGCUCCUUCUGAAAGUUUUCAAGAUAUGCAGCCCCUGCGUUUUGCACUUGCUUCUGUUCUAAGAUCGCUGGCUCCUGAAUUUGUUGAGUCAAAAUCAGAGAAAUUUGAUAUUAGAACUAGAAAGCGGCUGUUUGAUCUGCUGAUGUCCUGGAGUGACGAGACAGGUAGCACAUGGAGUCAAGAAGGAGUAAAUGAUUACCGUCGUGAAGUUGAACGAUACAAGUCUUCUCAGCAUAGCCGUUCAAAAGAUUCCAUAGAUAAACUUUCGUUUGAUAAGGAAUUAGGUGAGCAGGUUGAGGCAAUCCAGUGGGCCUCGAUGAAUGCCAUGGCUUCACUCUUGUACGGGCCUUGUUUUGAUGAUAAUGCAAGAAAGAUGAGUGGACGGGUUAUAUCUUGGAUUAACAGCUUGUUCAUUGAGCCAGCACCAAGGGCCCCAUUUGGUUAUUCACCAGCAGAUCCAAGAACACCAUCUUACUCAAAAUACACAGGAGAGGGUGGCCGAGGCGCAACUGGUCGUGAUAAGCAUAGAGGUGGCCACCUUCGAGUUUCCCUUGCAAAGCUGGCUCUGAAGAAUCUUCUUCUUACAAACAUGGACCUCUUUCCUGCUUGCAUUGAUCAGUGCUAUUAUUCUGACGCUGCCGUAGCUGAUGGCUACUUCAGUGUGCUGGCUGAGGUCUACAUGCGUCAAGAGAUACCUAAAUGUGAAAUACAGAGGCUUUUAAGCCUGAUCCUAUAUAAGGUGGUUGAUCCAUCUCGACAAAUCCGUGAUGAUGCCCUUCAAAUGCUUGAGACACUUUCUGUACGUGAGUGGGCUGAGGACGGCACUGAAGGCUCAGGAAGCUAUAGAGCUGCUGUUGUUGGCAACCUCCCGGACUCGUAUCAACAAUUCCAGUACAAACUCUCAUGUAAACUUGCAAAAGAUCAUCCUGAACUGAGUCAGCUACUUUGUGAAGAAAUAAUGCAGAGGCAACUUGAUGCAGUUGAUAUAAUUGCACAGCAUCAAGUACUUACCUGCAUGGCUCCGUGGAUUGAAAAUCUCAAUUUUUGGAAACUCAAGGAUUCGGGUUGGAGUGAAAGACUGUUGAAAAGUCUUUACUAUGUGACAUGGCGACAUGGUGAUCAGUUCCCUGAUGAAAUUGAAAAGCUUUGGAGCACAAUAGCAAGCAAGCCUCGGAAUAUUAGUCCAGUUUUAGAUUUCUUGAUUACAAAGGGGAUUGAAGAUUGUGAUUCAAACGCCUCACCAGAAAUUAGUGGGGCAUUUGCUACGUACUUUUCAGUUGCAAAAAGAGUUAGCUUAUAUUUAGCUCGAAUAUGCCCACAGAGAACAAUUGAUCACUUGGUUUACCAAUUGUCUCAGCGGAUGCUCGAGGACAGCGUAGAAUCCAUGAGACCUAGUGCUAGUAAGGCUGACGCCAAUGGGAAUUUUGUGUUGGAAUUCUCUCAGGGGCCUGCUGCUACUCAGAUUGCUUCUGUUGUAGACAGCCAGCCUCACAUGUCACCUUUGUUGGUUCGGGGAUCCCUUGAUGGUCCACUAAGGAACACGAGCGGAAGCUUGAGCUGGAGAACAGCGGCUGUUGGAGGCCGAAGUGCCUCUGGCCCACUAAGUUCUAUGCCGCCUGAGUUGAAUAUUGUUCCUGUUUCUGCUGGUCGGUCUGGCCAACUUCUUCCUUCACUUGUGAACAUGUCAGGGCCAUUGAUGGGAGUCCGCAGUUCAACAGGGAGCUUACGGAGUCGUCAUGUCUCUCGAGACAGUGGAGACUAUCUCAUUGACACGCCAAACUCUGGGGAAGAUGGUUUGCACUCCGGCACUGCGAUGCAUGGUGUAAAUGCAAAGGAACUUCAAUCUGCCUUGCAAGGACAUCAGCAACAUUCAUUGACUCAUGCUGACAUUGCACUGAUUUUGCUUGCUGAAAUCGCUUAUGAGAAUGAUGAGGAUUUCAGAGAGCACUUGCCUUUGCUCUUUCAUGUCACAUUUGUCUCGAUGGAUAGUUCAGAGGAUAUUGUGUUGGAGCAUUGCCAGCACUUGCUUGUUAAUCUGCUCUAUUCGCUUGCAGGCCGCCACUUGGAGUUGUACGAGGUAGAAAAUAAUGACGGAGAAAACAAGCAGCAGGUUGUGAGCUUGAUUAAAUAUGUACAGUCAAAACGUGGUAGUAUGAUGUGGGAGAAUGAGGACCCCACAGUUGUAAGGACUGAGCUCCCUAGUGCAGCACUCUUGUCUGCCCUUGUGCAGAGCAUGGUGGAUGCUAUCUUCUUUCAAGGAGAUCUUCGGGAAACUUGGGGAGCAGAGGCUCUUAAAUGGGCUAUGGAGUGCACAUCGAGACAUCUUGCCUGUCGCUCACACCAGAUUUAUCGUGCACUACGUCCUCGUGUCACUAAUGAUGCAUGUGUCUCUUUGCUUCGCUGCCUCCAUAGAUGCUUGGCAAAUCCAGCACCAGCAGUAUUAGGAUUCAUUAUGGAAAUCCUGUUGACAUUGCAGGUGAUGGUUGAGAAUAUGGAGCCGGAAAAGGUAAUUCUCUACCCCCAGCUUUUCUGGGGUUGUGUAGCUAUGAUGCACACAGAUUUUGUCCAUGUUUAUUGCCAAGUGCUUGAGCUCUUCUCAAGAGUCAUUGAUCGUUUAUCCUUCCGCGAUAGAACGACUGAAAAUGUGCUUCUGUCUAGCAUGCCUCGAGAUGAGCUGGAUACAAGCGCAUCAUAUGGUACUGACUUUCAGCGUUUGGAAUCAAAGAGUGCCCAAGAACCCUUCUCUAAUGGCAAGGUACCAGCAUUUGAAGGAGUCCAGCCUCUUGUUCUUAAAGGGCUUAUGUCAACUGUUAGUCAUGGUGUUUCUAUAGAGGUUUUGUCACGGAUCACUGUGCACUCCUGUGAUUCAAUAUUCGGGGAUGCGGAAACACGGCUUUUGAUGCACAUCACUGGCUUACUUCCCUGGCUUUGCUUACAGCUCAGUCAGGAUGCAGUUGUUGGGAUUGCUUCUCCACUCCAACAGCAGUACCAAAAGGCUUGUUCUGUUGCGACCAAUAUUGCUAUCUGGUGCAGAGCUAAAUCAUUGGAUGAGCUAGCCACUGUUUUUAUGUUUUACUCGCGUGGUGAGAUCAAGAGCAUAGACAACCUUCUUGGUUGUGUUUCACCCCUCCUGUGCAAUGAGUGGUUCCCAAAACAUUCAGCUUUAGCUUUUGGGCACCUUCUAAGACUCCUGGAAAAAGGGCCCGUUGAAUACCAGCGUGUCAUACUUCUUAUGCUGAAGGCCUUGCUUCAGCAUACUCCAAUGGAUGCAGCUCAGAGUCCCCAUAUGUAUGCAAUUGUGUCUCAACUGGUCGAGAGUACUUUGUGCUGGGAGGCACUUAGUGUAUUGGAAGCCCUCUUGCAAAGUUGUAGCUCUUUGCCAGGUUCUCAUCCUCACGAUCCAAUAUCAUUUGAAAAUGGACUUGGUGUGGCAGAUGAAAAGAUUCUGGCACCGCAGACCUCAUUUAAGGCUCGAAGUGGGCCAUUACAAUUGGCAAUGGGAUUAGGGCUUGGGGCUGGUUCCACACCCCCCAUGCAAAAUGCAACUGAAUCUGGUUUGCCACCUAGGGAGCUGGCAUUGCAGAACACCCGUUUAAUGCUUGGUCGGGUGCUUGAUGGUUGUGCACUUGGGAGGAGGAGAGAUUAUAGAAGGCUGGUCCCUUUUGUGACCAGCACCGGGAAUCUGUAAGAUCAUAGCAUGUAUAUUAUCCCUUGCAUCUCUGUUUUAGGAAGAUGGAAUGCUGAAAAUUGAGAUAGCUGUUUCUGUACAUAGAUGGCCUCUGAUAUUAGUUGAUUAUUGUGGUAGUAUUUUGUUCGCAUAUUUAGGAUACACCUAGCUACCGUACUGCCACCGACCAAUAGUUUGUAGUACUCUUAUUUCACAUGAAGUUAGGCGUGCUAAUAUUAUUGAUUACCCAAAAAAUUCAGUUCUUGUGAGAUGUGGGGCGAGUAUGAUUAAAUAUCUCGCGAGUUAGGUUGAUUGAAUAUCUCGGACGGUUGUCUUUUGUAUUUUUCAAAUGUAGUCAUCCGACUUUGAAAGGUUGAAUUGUAUCAAAUCUUUGUUUUCUUCUUCGAAUCAA